AUGUCAACAUCAAAAGCCCCAUCGGAUCCUCCUAUCGGUGAUAAUGACAACAAAUUCUCGGCCGAUUGUCCCAUAUGUUUGUCACAAUUGGUUGACAAGUGUCAGCUCUCGAACUGUCGGCACGAGUUCUGUCUGAAAUGUCUAUUGCGAUGGACAGAGAGUCACAAGAAUUGUCCGAUUUGUCGCCAACUGAUGACAAGUAUUCGCCAUAACAUUGGCGACGACGCCGACAAUGACUACGAUUUGAUUUCGGUCCGACUAUUGGCGAUCAUUAAGCGAUACACUAUUUAUCUGAUGAACGACGAGAACCGUAUUGAACUUCUUCAGAAAGAGCUGACCGAAGCAGAAACUGUUCGUCAACAGAGGCAACAAGUGUUGGAUCAAUUGAUGAACAUUUGUGGCAGUAAUGAACAGGAGAUCAAUCAAUCCAUUGACAGUAUGAUUGAAACCAUUUACGAUGGACUCUAUGGUGUUCACACCGGUUCUAUAGACGAUACGAAUUCAUCCGACGGUCCGACAAUCACAACAACAUACCAUUCCGUCUCUAAUUAUGCUAACGAAACAAGCAUUAUAUCUCCAGACUCUUCCUCUGAUGUCAGUUAUCUAUCAUUCAGUAUGAGAUCAGUACUUAGUGUCAGUUCAGUUCGUCAGACGACGACAAUAGAUAGUAGCAAUAGGUCGGCAUAUAUUACGGACAGUAUGUUCAACAGUGACGACAGCUACUAUUCAAAUGAACUGUUCUGUCCAUCAAUCGAUGAUUCAAUGGAUGAUUUUAUUGAUGAUAAUCACAGCACAGAUUCAAUGGUCAUCUAA